AUGGAUAAUCGCCUGUGUGGAAGAUUUGAUACAUUGAGAAAAUAUUUACCCGAUGAAUUAGGCGAAACCGCAAAAUUUGAACUAAAACAACUUAAUAGUUUCAAUAAUUAUUGUUCUAAUGGAGGUUCAGGGAAAACAGAAUGUAAUACUGAGGCCGAUAAAAUUACUGCUGGAUGUUUAUGGUUGUUUGAGCAAAAUAUUGUUAAUAGGAUUAGUACUUUAAGUAAAGAUCACUCUGAAGUGUUUAUUAUAUACGUCAUGAUAUGGUUAGGUCAUAUGUUAGACCUAAAGAAAGAUAACAAAUUCAUAAACAUAAAUGAUUUUUAUGAAGAGAAUAUAAAGAAUAAUACGCAUUAUAGUAAAUGUAUAAAAAAAAAAAGUAAUGAUAAUUAUGAUGAUUGUAGUAAUUCAUUAAAAAGAAUAACGGGAUAUAAUAAUUUUAAGGAGUUAAUAGAAAAAAACAAAUAUUUGAUGAAUGUUGGCAUUAAUGAUAUGUCUAAUUUUUAUGAUGCAUUUAAGCCAUUAUGUAACAUGUAUACUGAACUUAAUGCAAACGACGCAUCAGAUAAGAGAUAUUUAAAAAAUGCUAAAGAAUUUGUUAAAAAAUAUGAUGAACUUAACGAUCCUAAUAAUACUAAAGAUAACGCCUAUUAUCAAGUAUUGUCUACAUUAUCAAAUGAUUAUAAUAAAUUUAAAGAUUUUUGUAAUAUAAGUAGCGCUAAUUGUAAUGAUAUUCCACCGCUUCCAGAUAUAAAAACAACACAAAAUCAUUUACAAAGUUCUGAACCGAGUUCUGAAUCAAAUUCUGAAUCGAAUUCUAAAGUUACAUCAUCAAGUUCGUCGAUAACAAACAAAUUAAUUCCAGUUUUAUCGAUAAUUAUCGCAAUACCAAUAUUCUUGGGAAUUUUUUAUAAGUAUUCGUUAUUUGGAUUUCGGAAACGAUCUCAAAAACAAAAAUUAAGAGAAAAGCUAAAAACAUAA